ACGGUGAUGGCUCUUUUGCAAAUCAAACGAAGUAUUUAACUGGCUCUCAGCCAUGGUCUGUAGCUGUUGGUGAUUUUAACAACGACGCCCAACUGGAUAUCAUCGUUGCUAAUUCGGGUGACAAUACUAUAAGUGUACUUCUCGGAUAUGGCAAUAGUUCUUUUGCAAAUCAAACGACAUAUUCAACUGGCUCUCUCCGAUACUGUGUAGCUGUAGGUGAUUUUAACAAUGACACCUAUCUAGAUAUCGUCGUCGCUAAUUCGGGUGAUAACACUAUAAGUGUACUUCUCGGAUACGGUGAUGGCUCUUUUGCAAAUCAAACAACAUAUUCAACUGGUUCUUCGCCAAGCGCUGUAGCUGUUGGUGAUUUUAACAACGACACUCAACUGGAUAUCGUCGUUACUAAUUUUGGUGGCAACACUGUAAGUAUCCUUCUUGGAUAUGGCAAUGGCUCUUUUGCAAAUCAAACGACAUAUUCAACUGGCUCUGGCCCAAUUGCUGUAGCUGUUGAUGAUUUUAAUAACGACACUCGACCGGAUAUUGUCGUCGCUAAUGGGAAUGACCAUACUGUAGGUGUUCUACUUCGAUAUGACAGAGGAGCUUUGAAAGAUAAAAUCACAUUUGCGUCUACCGAUGGUUCUCGUUUGCGAAACUUUGCCCUUUUUGAUUUCAAUAAUGAUAGCCUAUUGGAUAUCGCUGUUGUCAAUUAUGGUACUAAUAACAUAGGUGUACUUCUUGGAUAUGGGAAUAGCACUUUUAGAAAUCAAAUGGUACUCUCAACAGGCUUAAAUUCUCAUCCUUACUCCAUCACUAUCCAUGAUUUUAAUAGAGACGAUCAAGCGGAUAUUGCCGUGGUCAAUUAUGGUACUAAAAAUCUUGUUACGUUUCUGGGAAGUGAAAAUGGAACAUUUGAAAAUCAAGGACGUUACGGUAUACAUUUUGAUUUCGUUCCACUGAUGAUUGGUGCUGGUAGUUUCAACAAAGAUGGGCGUUCAGAAAUUUUCGUUGCAUAUGAUGGCAUCGAUUAUGUAGAUGUGCUGGUUACAUACGACAUCGGAUCUUUCAGUCAUGAUAUUAAAUAUUCAACUGGCGUCUGGCCCCGAUCUGUAGCUCUUGGCGAUUUUAAUAAGGACACCCAUCUGGAUAUCGUCGUCGCUAAUUCGGAUGGCCAUACUGUAAGUGUACUUCUCGGAUAUGGAAACGGUUCUUUCACUAAU